AUGUCUAAAAGUAAUAAUAAAAAUAAAGAACCAGCAGAUUACAUUCCUGACUUUAUUCGGGAUGAACACCGAAACAUUGUUUAUAAGAAAGGCGCAUUUUUUGGGAAGGGUGGCUUUGCCAAAUGCUUUGAAGUUACUGAUGUUGAGACAGGAGAAGUUUAUGCUGGAAAAGUGGUACCUAAACGCCUCUUGUUUUACUUUAAGAAUUAUAAAAUAAGAUAUUUCUUUUCAUCAUCAACUGUUUGUGGAACACCGAACUACAUUGCCCCAGAAAUAUUGAAUAACUUGGGUCACAGUUUUGAAGUUGACAUGUGGUCAAUUGGAUGUAUUCUGUAUACUCUUUUAGUUGGAAAACCUCCUUUUGAAACGAAAACUCUUGAGGAUACAUACAAACGAAUUAAAGAUUGCAAUUACACGAUACCAAGUCAGUUUCCUCGUGCGGCUGAAAAUUUAAUUGUUUGGUUACUUCAAAUCGAUCCUUCCAAACGUCCCAAUGUAACUCAAUGCCUUGAACACGAAUGGUUUUCUGGAUGGACUCCUACUUCCCUUCCUCCUUCAGUUCUUAUUUCUGCUCCUAGAUUUACAAACGUUGAGGAUGGUAAAAUUACAAAAGGAGCUACGCGUAAACCACUUAUUGAAGUUAAUUCUGAACAAGUCGUCGCUUUAUCUCCAAAAAAAAAUAAUCGCAUGAGUUCUGCAUUAGCCGGAGCAUCGAACAAUGCAAUGGUAACACAAUACGAAUGUAGAAAACAUUUGCAGAAACUUGUCGAUCAAUUAUCUUCCGUAUUGAAAAGCCAACCUUUUAGUAAGGAAUUAAAUAAUUUAGAAGACUGCGAUCCAGCUGCACAACCCUUGAUUUGGGUUAGUAAAUGGGUCGAUUAUUCUGAUAAAUACGGAUUCGGAUUUCAAUUAAUCGAUGGUAGCUGGGGCGUCUUUUUCAAUGAUACUACUAAAGUCGUGAUGUUGGCAAAUAAUUUAAACGUUCACUACAUUGAUCGAGAUGGUCGAGAAGAAUAUUUUACAAUCUACGAUCAUCCGGUUGAAUUGGAAAAAAAAAUUAAACUUUUAUCCUAUUUUAAAAAGUACAUGCAUGAGCAUUUAAUGACUGCUGGAGGAAACAUCGAACGUGUGCCAGAUCCAGUUUCAAGAACUCCUUAUCUGUAUCAAUGGUUUAGGACUUCUCAAGGCGUAUUUAUGUGCCUAACGAAUGGAACAGUUCAGGUAAAUUUCUUGGAUCACACAAAAAUUAUUAUGUGUCCUUUAAUGGAUGCCGUCACUUAUGUUGAUGCCGAACAAACUUUCCGAACGUACCGUUUUUCAACAAUCAAAACUCAAGGAACGAGUCAAGCCUUGUUUGACGCAUUACAAUAUGCUUAUCAUAAAUUAAAUUUCAAUUUAAAAGCCGGUAAUUCUCGAAAGUAG